AUGGCUGAAGAAUGUCAUGAAAGUUCUGCUGCUGCUGCUGCCACCUCCUCCUGUUUGUAUAAUUGGUGGCCAGAUCUCCAUGCAAAUUCUUUAUCUUCUUGGAGUACUACAGAGAAUCCAUGGAACCAACAAAAUAACAGCUCCAAUUCUUCUGGUGAAGAGGAUGUUUCCAUGUUUACGACGUACACAAAUGUUUCUAAUCAGUCUGGUUUCAGUGUCGAGUCGUCGCGCAGACUGGUAGGAAGUGUUUCGACUGAUGAGCUGGUUGGCGAAACGCGUUCUGAUAAUCAAUCCUGGAGCCACGUUGUUUUAAGCAAUGGAGACUUGCAGAAUAGUAAAGAUGUUGGAGAGAAUCUACUAGAUGAAUUUUCUUCGAAAAACUUGCCGGUUAGAAUGUUUGAUCCUCAAUAUGACUACUUGAAGAAAAUGGACAAUGGAUGUGAUAUCAAUAAUUUCCGAUAUUUAAACUGUACCAACAAACAGUUAAACGAGAGCUCGGUUGAAGCUGAAAGGCUAAACAAGUUGUCAAAUUCAGACUGCAAUCAGUGUACAGCAUCCAAUAACCAUCAGUUUGGUUUAUGUUCAUGCAAUACAUCAUUAAGUUUCAUAUUAAAGCAUAGUGGCAACAGUUUGAUGUCGUCUGGAGGAAACAUGGAUAGUAAUUUCAGCUCAAUGUCACGUCGAAAUGGUCAUGAAAUGAAAGUAGAAAAUAUAGGAGGAGGCAGUGGGGCAACAGGGACUGCAUUUCCUAGGUUGUUCAGCAGUACUAAUGAAGGGACUAAAUAUCAAGUGACCUCUAUCAAGAACACAGCCACAGGGGGUGAUCAUGGCAGAUACCACAGUGGAUUAGCUUUACAAGAUACUCAAUGGAAUAAUUCAAAAAAUUUGGAUGAUCUUGUAAGUUUUAGCUGUUAUUCAAACAAGCCAUUGAUCGAUGUCAAUCCAUCUAAAUCCGACCUCGAAACUGUGAAUUUAUCAGAUUCUAAGAAGAGGCUGCAACAAACUUCCUAUCCAUUUCAGUCUCCAAUAGCAACAAGCUCUACAAUAACAAGAAGCAACGUGAGGGCACAAAGAAUUAGAAAUCAUGAAGGAAAGAAGAAAAGAAGUGAAGAGAGUUCAGAAACAAGCACAGUUGUGAAGAAGCCUAUGCUUCAACAUCCAACAGUCUCAUCACCAAAGACACAGGCUCCCAAAGUAAAGUUUACAGACAAAAUCACAGUUCUUCAGCAAAUCGUGUCGCCAUUCGGAAAGACUGACACAGCAUCUGUUUUAUGGGAGACAAUUUGCUAUAUAAGGUUUCUACAAGAACAAAUACAGCUAUUGAGCAGCCCCUACUUGAAGAACAACUCAUGCAAGGAUCCAUGGGGAGGAUUGGAUACGGGAGACAUGGAGGUAGAUCUGAGGAGUCGAGGUCUUUGUUUAGUUCCGGUUUCGUGGACACCUCAAAUAUAUGGCGACAACAAUGGGUCUGACUACUUUACUCCACCGUAUAGAGGAUGUUUGUACAGAUGA